ACACAUCACAAUCAAAACAACUUCAAGAACCAUAGUAGCUUACUUCAAAAACCACCAUGCCCCUCGACUCCCCCGCCGCCACCGCCGCCGCAACCACCUCCACAGCCGCCGCAUCAAGACCCAUAUCUUCACUCCCUCACCCGCAACAACUCCACCAUUACCCAUCACCUCAACAACAACAACAACAAACCCUUCCCAUUCGUCCUCAAAACCCUCCUUUAACCAUACCCCAUGACCCAUCUUACCCCUUUCUCUACCCUUUCGCCUCUACCAACCGCGGCGGAAGCUCCUUUGCCAGAGGAGUCAGACCCCUCCCUGCCGCCGAUCACGCCGCCGGGUACCCACCGCCGUCCCUUGUCUAUUCCCAAGGCGUUGGCGGCAUUCAGUUGGACUAUCUCAAUCAUGCCUUGAACGUGACAAGGCCACCAGCACCCUUGCAGUACUCUCCACUGGGUCCCGCUGCCCCCCCUCCCGUUAAGGGACCCCCAAAGGCUUCUCCUCGAUCUAAGGUUUCAGAUAUCAGUGGCUGCAAUGAUACAAAUACAAGGGAAAGAAGCAAAGAUGAUAAUUUUUGUAUUAUCAGAGACAGAAAAGUCCAAUUAACAAAGGAUGCUUCUCUGUAUGCACUUUGUAGAUCAUGGUUGAGAAAUGGUAUAAAUGAAGAAAUCCAGCCACAGAAGAAAGAUGUAAUGAAGGCACUUCCCAAACCAUCGCCUCCAUCUAUGGAGGCUAGUUAUAUGUCAAAUGAGAAUGAAGAUGAAAAUGAUGAAGAUGAGCAGGAGGAGAAUGAGAAGCCUGUUGAGGAAAUAUCACCAGAAGAUCUAUUGAUGAGACAUAUUAAACGUGCCAAAAGGGUUAGAGCAAGAUUAAGGGAAGAACGGUCACAACGUAUCGAUAGGUACAAAGCUAGGCUUGGGCUUUUGCUUAAUUCACCCGGUGAACCGUCUGGAAAUGACACAACUGCUGGGAACUCACCUUGGUGACUCUACAUACAUCAGGUUUAUUGGAUGACACUCUAACAGGCUUUGUAAUUCAUUUAAUAAGAUGCUUGUAGUUCCUUGAAAACCAAGAUAUGUUCCUCAUUGUAGCGAAUGUAAAAGUCUUAAUCAGAAAGUGGAUGUAGAAUUUUCAGCUCUUCUAUAGAAUUUGUACAAGGGCUUGUCUUUGACCUGUAAAUCGGUACUAGCUAGGGUUUGAAU